UAUAAAGUCCCCUGGCGAGCCGCGCGCCGCACUACAGUCCCAAACUUGAGAGAACAUGCUGCGCGUUCGCUGCCUGAGAGGAGGGAGCCGGGGGGCUGAGGCCGCCCACCUCAUUGGGAGCCUGGUCGGCCGCUCUAUGAGCCGUUUGGUUCAGAAUGUGUUUCGGAGCUCCAGCUCUGCUGCGGCGGUGCAGCCCCGCCCCCAGGAGGAGGCGGAGGAGUGCCCUGUGUGCGCAUACAACGAGUGGGACCCUCUGGAGGAGGUGAUCGUGGGCCGGGCCGAAAAUGCUCGCGUCCCACCGUUUACCGUUGAGGUCAAGGCCAACACGUAUGAAAAGUAUUGGCCGUUUUAUCAGAAGUACGGUGGCCAGACAUUCCCUGAGGAGCACCUGAAGAAAGCCAUCGCUGAGAUCGAGGAGAUGUGCAAUAUUCUGCGUCACGAAGGCGUCAUCGUCCGAAGACCAGAGCCCAUCGACUGGUCUGUGGAGUACAAAACACCCGACUUCACUUCUACAGGUAUGUACGCCGCGAUGCCUCGGGACAUCCUGCUGGUGGUGGGGAAUGAGAUCAUUGAGGCUCCGAUGGCGUGGAGAGCACGUUUCUUUGAGUAUCGCGCCUACAGACCCCUCAUUAAAGAGUACUUCAGGAAAGGAGCCAAAUGGACCACCGCCCCCAAACCCACCAUGGCUGACGAACUGUACGAUCAGGACUACCCCAUCCGCACGGUGGAGGACAGACACAAACUGGCUGCGGAGGGGAAAUUUGUGACCACUGAGCAUGAGCCCUGCUUCGAUGCUGCUGAUUUCAUCAGAGCUGGAACCGACCUGUUCGUACAGAGGAGCCAGGUUACUAACUUCAUGGGGAUUGAAUGGAUGCGUCGUCAUCUCGCUCCGACCUACAAGGUGCACAUCAUCUCCUUUAAAGACCCGAACCCCAUGCACAUUGACGCCACCUUCAACAUCAUCGGACCAGGCCUGGUGCUGUCCAACCCGGACCGCCCCUGCCGACAGAUUGAGAUGUUUAAGAAAGCUGGCUGGACAGUGGUGAAACCACCAGUGCCAUUAAUUCCUGAUGACCACCCCCUCUGGAUGUCCUCCAAGUGGCUGUCCAUGAACGUCUUGAUGCUGGACGAGAAACGUGUCAUGGUGGACGCCAACGAGACUACCAUUCAGAAAAUGUUUGAGAAUCUUGGUAUUAAGACGAUUAAGGUGAGCAUUCGUCACGCCAACUCCCUGGGAGGUGGGUUCCACUGCUGGACGACGGACGUCCGCCGCCGUGGGACCCUGCAGUCGUACUUUCAUUAGCCUGCCAGAAACGAGCAGUUAUUAUUGAGCUUCCUUUCACACAGCAAUGAGGAUUUAACAAUCAACAUACAGUUCAUCCUAAUCAGUACUGCUGCAUGUUCUGUGAUUUUACUGAGCUGUGCAUGUCAGAGCUUCUGCAGGUGUUUGAACGAGAAAAGAAACAGCAACAGAAACAAAGCUGAGACUCAGUCUCCUCAAUAACGACUGCAUUUCUGGCUGGCUACUGAGUCUAUAACUAUUGUAGGAAUGACCGCUGUGCCGUCCCAGAGUUCCCAGGGAAGUAGGCAGGGUUCUGCUCUCAACGUCACCAAGACAACCAACACGACCAGGAAGAGACGAAGAGUUGCUACCUCCUUUUUACGAUCGACGAUGAUUUACAGUUCUGUUAUGUGAUAGGGAGUGAUUCUGCCGUGAAUUUUGUACCUUUUUCUAAACGAUCAGUCGUUGUAGGUCAUUACACAUUCGAUUUCUUAGCUAAGAUAUUUUUAUAAAUGUGAACCAAAAUGUAAAUAUAUAUAUAUGUGGUAAAGAACUUUUUCAUACCUUUUAUUGGCAUAUAUUUUUCAUUGUUUCCCUCUGACGAAGCUGUUUCUGUAUCUGCGUAAAGGAGAGUUGUGGUGAGGUUUGAGUUUCUGUACCUUUGCCUCUGUCGUCAUCCUCAAUAGCGGAUUCUGGCUCUCUGCUGCCGUCGCUGCUUUUGCUUUCGCUGCUUUUAGCGCUUUCGUUGCUUUCGCGUUUGAGGCGUAUUCGCAAUUCUGGGAACACUUCCGCUGCUUUGAGCCUUGCGUCAGUGUCGCCGCCCUGCUGGUGAGCGUCAAACUGACUUCUGAAGCGAGAGAAGUGUGUGAACGUAUGCCGGGUCAAAACAAGUGAAUUACACACCACAAUUACAGCAAAAUGUAACUUUGCAUGAUGUGAAACUAUUACAAAAAAAAAAAAAAACUGAC